AUGUUCCAUGUAAUCAGGAAUGCCAGUAAGGUUGACUCACAAGCUGACAAUGAAAAGCUUUUUAGCCAAGACACCUAUGAUUUUUUGGCUUUGUUGGUGGCUUCAAUCGGAGUUUUGGGGUUGUGUACUAAUUCACUAGUGUUGAUUCUGUAUUGCAGAUUCAAAACAUUAAGGACUCCAACAAAUCUUCUCUUGGUGAAUCUCAGCUUCAGUGACUUUGUGUUCUCACUUUUUGGGGUCAGUUUUAUUUUUGCAUCAUGUGUAAGCCGGCAGUGGAUCUGGGAUGAAGAGGGAUGCAUUUUUGUUGGAUUGUGUGAAAAUCUAUUGGGUUGCGUGUCAGUCUUUACACUUACUGUUGUGGCAUACGAACGAUAUGUCCGAGUGGUAUUUGACAAAAUUGUUGAUUUCCCAUGGUCAUGGAAAGCUAUUACUUCUAUCUGGCUGUGUUCCAUGGUCUGGAGUACAGCACCAUUAAUGGAAUGGAACAGAUAUAUUCUAGAACCCCAUGGACUAGAUUGCUCUUUGGACCGGGUAUCAACAGAGACGAGCCAGUCCUCUUUCAUUCUCCUCUCCUUCCUAGCUUGUUUUGUUGCCCCAGUGAGCGUCAUGAUUUACUGCUAUGGCUACAUCUUAUACUCAGUCAGAAUGCUUCGAAAGUUACAAAGUGUUGAAACAAGUCAGGUACUCAGACUUUUCCAUUAUGAAGUAAAAGUGGCUAUAAUGUGUCUUCUGAUGAUUUCGGCCUUUCUUCUUUGCUGGAUGCCUUACACAGUGCUGUCUUUUCUGGCAAUGAGUGGCCAUGGCGACAUGAUUACCCCAGGAACAGCCAUUGUGCCCUGCUUUCUGGUCAAAACAGGUGCUGCAACAAAUGCAAUCAUAUAUAUACUAACAAGCAAAAAGUUCAGACAAGGCCUCACAAAACUCCUGUGGAUGAAAUGUUUGAAAAACCAUAUAAUAUUUGCCAGGAGAAGGAAGUUAGUUGGAGUAGAUGUCGGAAAGAAACUAAAGAAAAUAGUACGCUACACAUCUUCCUCUUUUAGCUCUGUUAUAACAACUGGCCAAACUGAUACGCAGCAGUCUGUUGAAGAAACACAAGAUAACUAUGUACCGAAUGUUAAAAUAAUCCACGUGCAGCCAUUAUAACUUGUUUACAUGUCAGUUAAGUACAAUUACUUGUGUAGCAAAGUCUUUUACCUCUUCCAGUCUAAUGAAAACCUUU